AUGUCCUUUACUGGGUCCGCCCCUGAUCCUACCGUAUCGAUGUAUUGCCAGAGUUGGCCAGGGCUGCCAAGGGGUGUAGAAUUUAACCCCAGUGAUAGUGAUCUUCUGUGGCAUUUAGCAGCAGAAGUGGGGAGUGGUCUAGCUGAGCGCCAUCCAUUUAUCAACAAGUUUAUUAAAUUUGUUGAUGAUGAUAGACAAGGAUUUUUUUGCAGUCGCCCUCAAGAUAUACCGGGUGUUAGGCAAGAUGGCCGUGCAUCAUACUUCUUCCAUAGAAGUUUUGAGACGUACAACAAUGAGAAUGAUGCAAAUAACUGCUGGAAGAAAAUUGGAACCCCUAGAUCGAUCAUUCUGGAUGGAACACUGCGAGGUUGCAAAGAGGUGUUUGCCCUGUAUUCAGACAUGACGAGUGAUAAAAGCUCUCAGGAAACUGACUGGAGAUUACAUCAGUACCAUUUACAUAACACAGUGAAGGCAGAGUCAGAGAUUGUGGUCUCAAAAAUAUUUCUUGCAUCACGGAACAGUCUGUGUGGAAUGGCUGAGGAAGCUCGUAUUGAAUCUGAUUGGUAUGUUUCCACACAAAAAGAUUCAAGCGUGGAAUGUGCCAAAGGUUUUAACCCUGAAAUCUGUACUGGGACUGAUGAGCUUGAUCAUAUACCUCUGAAAGAGCGCUACAGGAUCCUUCUAGCAGACAAAAGUUCAGGGCUUGCUACAGUAUCAGCCGGGAAAUCUAUAAUAAAUCAUGAGGGAACAACACACAAAGAAGAUAUAUGCAGCAUGUUGCAGGAAAUUUCUUCUGCACCUCCUAUUAUAGAGAGUAAUCCCAUGGAUGAUAGCAGCAACAGGAGGUUACUUGGUGAAGAUCUUCCAGUGGACGGUUCCGAAAACCAGAUAGGUGGCACUGCAACUUGUAUGAGUGAAAACAGUGAGCUGGUUGCAAGAAAACAAGGGGCUCAUCUGGCUGAUGUAAAACUGGAGCCUGCAUUAGAAGGUUAUGAGAUUGGCCCUUCUGGAUCUCCUCAAGCAAAUUCUACUCAUGCCAAAGGCUCAGUACCAUCUUUAGGAGUAAAAGAUGAGCUAACGGACUGUGAGUUGCCUGGCUUAUGUGAGAAUGUUUCUUUCAGUUCCCGACAACGCAGAAAAAGGAAAACAAGAUAUUCAACUGAAAAAACGCUUGAAGAAGACGCUUACACUGUCGAGGAGGGUGUUGCUUACUGUUCUCGUCGAAGGAGGAAGAAAACAGCCACGGAUUCAAUUGAAAAGGCACUUGAUGAAGAUGCUCCAGGGCUUCUACAGAUUCUUUUAAACAGAGGAAUAGCGGUUGAAGAAAUCAAACUUUAUGGUGCUGAAGAAGAUAAUGAAAUGAUAGCAGAUUCUACAGAAAGUAACUUUGAAGAUCUUGAAAACGUCAUUGCAAAUAUAUUUCCGAAGAGGGGAAAAGGCGAUUUACUGUCAGUAGCUAGACACGAAAGGGGGGGAAAGGCGAUUUACUGCUUAUCCUGUUUAAUUUCUCUUAUUGAGCAGUCACGAUACCUUCAGUUCCGUGACUGUCCUGUGGAAUGGGGAUGGUGCAGGGAUCUGCAAUCCUUUAUUUUUGUAUUUAGAAGCCAUAAUAGGAUAGUUCUUGAGCGUCCUGAAUAUGGUUAUGCAACAUACUUCUUUGAGGUGGUCCAAUCAACUCCAAUAGAAUGGCAGAUCCGUAGGCUGGUUGUUGCAAUGAAGCUUAGUGGCUGUGGAAGGAUAGCUCUUAUUGAAAACAGGCCGUUACUGGUUGGUGAAGAUUUAACAGAAGGCGAGGCACAUGUUUUGGAAGAAUAUGGCUGGGUAAGAAACACUGGGCUUGGCACGAUGGUCAACUACCGUGAUCGUGUGGUCCAUGACAGGUGGACUGAGAAAUGUGUUGCUGAUUGGAGGGCGAAGAUAGGGAAGCUUCUAAUGAUUGGUUAUGCCGAGGGCCAAUCAGUCACAACUCAUGGUCCGAAGAAAAUAGUGGACCUGUUGGAAGCUACUGGGGAUGCUGAGCUUGAAAUAAAGUUGGAGGAUCCUUAUUGA